GUUGUUAUUUCUGUUUUUCUUUUUUAUUAUUAAACAAUAGAAGCUCAUCUAGACAAAAGAGUUACCCGUGAAUUUUUUGGACGAAUAAAUAUAAAAUUAAGACAAAGAGGCAAUGAACCAAUUGGUAGAGGUGCGAACAGCUGAUGUCUGAUAUUACAGAUGGGGAUACUUCCCGGACAAGGGAGUAAACAACCCUCUAAAGGGAAAAAGCGAGGGUGUUUCGAAAGUUGCUGCUCAGUUGCGAUUUGCAUGUGCUCCCGUGGAGAUAAGCUGCUCCUCAUCUCCGCUCAAUAAUUUUCCGACUGCAGAAAAAAACCCAAUCGCGGAGCAACAACAAAUGCUGGAAUAUAGACACCACUAGCCGUGCCUCCGCAGCGCCGCCGCCAAGUGCAAAUGCCGUGAUGUCUCGGACGUUGUGAAAUAAAAAAGCACUUGCCACUCUACAUCGACAUUCGUCAUCCGAAAGCGUAGGAAUCCCCUACAGGAUUUGGGAUGGCUCUCGCCAGUGCCGCCGCCGCCCUUUUGAAGGGAUCGCAAACGCCACUGCAGCAGCUCCUGGAGGAUAUCAACUUCCAGCGCACUAAGGAGAUGCGGCAGUUGCUCAAGGACGAUGGCGGUUUUGUGGUCCUUCAAGGGACCACCUACUGGACGGACCUGUUCGUGCGGCACUUCCUCUUCCAGACAGAGCCCGUGCACAGCAUCGACUCGGAUGAUUUGCUCUUCUUUGUGCGCAAGAAGCACGUGAAGAGCUCCUCACGCCACAUGCCAAAAUUUGAGACUGAAGUGGAGGUAUUCCGCAAGGACUCGCGCAAACUGCCCAUCGGCGAUCCCGAUGUGGACUGGGAGGAAACGGUCUAUCUCAACAUGGUCAUCCAUCAGUUCGAUUACACACUGACACUGGCCAUUUGUACCAGAACCUCGCCCAAGGAGCUCCAGGUGCUGAGACGGCACUCGCAGAGGGUCUACGCCAGUCCCAGUCGACGAAAGAUGGACACCAAGGGCGAGGGCGAGGAGAUCACGUAUCCGCACAUCUGCUUCAUGGUCGACAACUUCGACGAGGUGUUCAGCGAUAUUUUGGUGCGCGACGGGGAGAUGGUGUGCGUGGAGCUGGUGGCCAACGACAAGGAUGGAGCCGUUCAGGGGGUGAUCUUCCUGGGAUCCAUACGCUACGAUGCCCUGAAGAAGGUCUACGAUGCCAGGCAAUCCAGUCUGAGCUCCAAGGUGGCGCAGCGCAUGUCAUUCGGCCUUUUUAGUAGUGGCGCCGGCGUGCAAACGCGCUGUGAGUUUGUCCGGAUGAAGGGACCACAGGGGAAGGGCCAUGCCGAGAUGGCGGUGACCAAGCCAAAGGGUUCCGGAGUGGAGACGCCCACCAGUGAGCCGGGAUUUUGCGCCACCGACAUGUGGGACGAGUGGGAAGAGGAGAACGACGACUACUGCACUUACCGACAUCAGCGACGGCUCAGCGAUCCCAGCGCCAACCUGAACAACUUCUCGCGCUACGGCUGGCGCACCAAGAACUCGAGUAACCAAGACAUGGUCGGCAGCGGCACGAGUCCCAACGUGGGAGCCAAGGCGCGCUCGGAGAACGAGGGACUGGACUCGCUGGCCAGCGAGGUGUCCGAAAUCGAGGCGGGUGAUCUGCGCGAUGAUCAGCAACGUCCUGCUUUCUCGGCCUCCGCGGCAAAACUGCACCCAAAUCCGAACUGUGAGACCCACAAACUCGCGGCUGGUGACCAAGAAACGUUGCCCCCAGAAUCUCUAAGCGAGAGCAUCUCCGCCGCUCCAGCGGCAGCUGCUGUUCCGGCUGUGACCCCGCCUCCGUUGAGUGCUGCGGUGGAAGUCACAGUCGCCGGCGAUAGCAACGGAGCAGGACAAAGCGCAUCCACGGGCUGCAACUGCUUCGGCGGCAAGAAGUGCAAGAAGCGCUGGGCGUCGGCCAAGAACACGGACACCCCGGAGAUGUCCGAGGUGUACUGCCCCAGCUGCGAGGAUCCGUCCAACGAGUCGCCCGCCUGUCUGGCCAAGAUGCCCGACAAGCGGCCCACCCGUCUCAAGCCCAAGACCAGCAUUCUGAGCGUGGAGAGCGAGCUGCUGGUGGGCAAACGAAACAGUUUCAGGCUUCCAUCGGACACCAAGCGCAAGCAGCAGGGCGGAAGCAUCACCAGGAGCGCCUCCUUGAGCGCCGCUGAUCGCAGGACCAGCCUUCCGGUGUCCACCAAAAAGAUCAUACCCCCAAGACUGCGCACGGCCAGGGCCAAGGAUCAGGAGAAGGACAAAGAUAAGGAUAAGGACAAAAAUAAGGAGAACGACAAGAAGUCCUCGAAUCAGAAGGUCAACGGCUCAGCGUCAAACUUUCUAGCCAAGAUGUCACCAAAGCGACUUAGAAACGGCAAGGAUAAGGAAAAGGAAAGCGACAAGGAGAAGGAAAAGGACAAGGGCAAUUCGAGCGCUGCAACCAAAAACAAAUCUGUCGAUAAUAACAACACAAAGCCAGAGGCCUCCAAAACUGAGGAGUACGAAAUCGCCGAUGAUGCUACCUCCCUGAAUGGCAGUGAAUCGGAAGGAGCCGGAGCCGCUAAGAUGGCCAUUUUGAGUGAAAGUGAAAGCAAGCUUAUGAUCAGUGUCCGUGGUCGUGAGGAGCUGCCGGUGGUGGAGUCCCCCAAGACCCCAAUAUCUCAAAAACUCUUUGAGAAGUGCGUCCGGCUGCCAGUGGAAGUGGAGAACCAUCCACUGCAGCCAAACGAGAACAACGAGUACGAGGAGACACAUGCGAGCAAGGUGAUUUCGCCCACGGAACUAACGCCCAUGCUGGAUGUGGCCAAUGGUAAUCAGGAGGCCACGAGUGCCACGCUCCCGCGGACAGCCAAGCAGGCCCAUGUCAGCAAGAUGCUUCAUUUGGUGCCCAAGCGCCGAACUCCCGAUGGCACCACCAUCUACUACUGGUGUGACGUGCCCAAGAAGGCACUUAAAGAACUCGACGACGGCGCCUACAACCCCCUGUGGACCAGUCGAGGCUUCACGCAAUCCUUUCAUUUCUGGAAGGAGAACAGAAGACAGCAGUCGACGCCGCUCAAUGCAUUCCUCACCUAUGUGACACUGCCCUGGUGGAGCAUUGCAAAGGAUCUCUUGGAUCACCGGGAAACGCCUAUUCUGACCUUUUAGUAUUAACUUAAUUUGCAAUUGUGAUUAAUGCCCCUAUGCUUUAUAGUCCUCACAUGUACUCCCAUACUAACCGAUCGAAUGCCAACAGUGUGAUCAGUCCUAGUUUGAUUAAUCAGUAUAUUUGCUUUGUUCUCGACCAACGUUGAGUUUCCUAAAGCGGAUCCUCGUGGAUCAAACUACUUGGUGAGCGCAGAGCCAACCUACAAAUUUAUAAACUACGAACUACGAUAGUGAAUACUGUUACCGAAGAUAUGGAAAUAUAUAAUUGUAAUAUUAUUUGUAAAUUGUACGGCAACAUUUAUACCACGAAAUAUAAACCAAAUAGAAAAGGAA